GCAGAGAAGCAACUGAUUGCACCGGCAAACAAGUGGGAAUGAAUACAAUAAUUUUAGACUUUGAACAUUUUUCGAUGAAGCAACUGACAUGUAAAACAGUAAUGCAACAAAUGUUUGAAGUGGUCAAGAUAAAGACGGGCUAUUAUCCAAUGGAGUCUCGCCGAAUUUUUGCUAUUAAUGCUCCGAAAUUAUCCUUUCAGUUAAUGUUUACCAUGGUGAAACCGUUUGUACCUGAGUGCGUGCUUGGUACAAUUAAAGUUUUCGGUGGCAACAAGGCGGAAUGGAAUGCCGCUUUGUUAGAGGAAAUCGACGCUGAUCAACUUCUUGCCUUUUACGGUGGUACCAUGACCGAUCCUGAUGGGGAUCCCAAAUGUCCCAGCAAGUUCAAUAUGGGUGGAGAGGUACCUCAGACGUAUUACCAGAAAAAUAGUGCACCUGUUCCCAAGGAUAACAUGGAAACAGUAAACAUCAUCGCUGCUGGUGCUGGUGGACGGAAAAAACUGAAACUCAAUGUUACCAUCGCGCGUUCCGUAUUGAGGUGGGAGUUCAUGACGGAGGGAGGAGACAUCCGAUUUCGAGUCUACAUCAAGAAAUCUAAAGGAAACGUUGUCGAUGUAAUUCCACUUGAUCGAGUUGACAGCCAUUUGGCGAUGGAAGAAGACCAGUUUACUUGUGACGAGCCUGGCAAAUAUGUCUUCGAGUUUGACAACACUUUCAGCUAUCUGCGAAUCAAGAAACUCCACUAUUACAUUUAUUUCGAUCCGCCUUUAUAGAAAUAACAACAACAACAAAAAAAGUAGAAAAGCGAUUGGCAGUAAAACGGUUAGAUUUUAAAUGCAAUAAUCAAUC